GUGAGCUGUUAUUGGUCGCAGCUUGUCACAUGGUACAAGGCUGUUGUGAAUAGUCUUGUACCAUGUGACCUCUGUGAUCAUUCACAGAUUUCACACGUAGUAAGCAAUGAUGUCAGAAGUGACAUCUUGCAUACUACUUUGCAUGUGAUCACUGAUUGGCCAAUCAGUGAUCAAUUGACUUGCUCAUGCGGCAAAAUUAAAGACGCUGGCUCCCGACAUGAGAGCUUUUUUAUUGGUUUGAAUGUAUAAAGCUGGCCACAGAUGUCACAAUCUGAAUGCAAAAUGUACUUUAGAUUUACCAGUUACUGUAUGUAGUGCAAAGGACCACCU